GGGAGAAAAAAAAAAACAGCACUGGUCUGUUUCAAGUCCCCCCAAUAGAAACUGUGCCUGAUUUGUGGCCAAUGCUUUGGGAUGAAAAAAAAAACCUAAAAGGGGGUAGCUAUGGAGAUAGAGCGCUAUCCUCGCUGCUUUCUUUGACAGGUGUUGAGUGGGGAAAAAAGUCGGAAAAGAGAAAUAAGGAUGUAUGCCAAAGGGAAAGGAUCCACCGUACCCUCUGAUAGCCAAGCACGGGAAAAGUUAGCUUUAUAUGUGUAUGAAUAUUUACUCCAUGUUGGGGCACAGAAAUCGGCACAGACAUUCCUGUCAGAGAUUCGAUGGGAGAAGAAUAUCACAUUAGGCGAGCCCCCGGGGUUUCUACAUUCUUGGUGGUGUGUAUUUUGGGAUCUAUACUGUGCAGCACCAGACAGAAGGGAGACAUGCGAACAUUCAAGUGAAGCCAAGGCUUUCCAUGACUAUAGUGCUGCAGCCGCCCCCAGCCCUGUCAUGGGUAAUAUGCCCCCAAAUGAUGGUAUGCCAGGUGGACCCAUGCCACCAGGUUUUUUUCAGGGACCGCCUGGCUCACAGCCGUCACCGCACGCACAGCCUCCCCCUCACAAUCCAAGCAACCCAAUGAUGGGACCUCACAGCCAGCCUUUCAUGUCUCCGAGAUACCCAGGUGGACCUCGUCCUUCCCUUAGAAUGCCAAAUCAGCCCCCAGUUGGUGUCCCAGGGUCACAGCCAUUACUGCCCAACAGUUUAGACCCAACAAGACCGCAGGGACAUCCAAACAUGGGUGGCCCAAUGCAACGGAUGAAUCCCCCUCGGGGAAUGGCAGGGAUGGGUCCGCAGAACUAUGGUGGGGGAAUGAGACCACCUCCAAACUCCUUAGGAGGGCCAGGAAUGCCAGGAAUGAACAUGGGUCCUGGAGGACGAGGUCCUUGGCCAAACCCUAACGCUAAUUCAAUAGCUUACUCCUCAUCCUCUCCUGGAAAUUAUGUGGGUCCACCAGGAGGAGGUGGUCCGCCAGGAACGCCCAUUAUGCCAAGUCCAGGAGAUUCCACUAACUCAAGUGAGAACAUAUACACAAUGAUGAACCCUAUAGGCCCUGGAGGCAACAGACCCAAUUUCCCAAUAGGACCUGGUCCCGAUGGCCCUAUGGGGGGAAUAGGAGCAAUGGAGCCUCACCAUAUGAAUGGUUCUUUAGGCUCUGGGGAUAUGGACGGGCUGCCAAAGAAUUCUCCAAAUAACAUGACAGGGAUGAAUAAUCCUCCUGGCACUCCACGGGAUGACGGGGAAAUGGGUGGCAACUUCUUAAAUCCGUUCCAAAGUGAAAGCUAUUCUCCUAGCAUGACAAUGAGUGUGUGAUCCCCUUCCCGUCCAAAUAAAUACAUCGCAACCUUCCCUUGGAGUCCGCGCACCUCGUGCAGAUUGAACCCUGCCGGGCACACCGCAACCAGGGAACUCAAGAGAAGGUCAGCCGGCGUGUGCACGACUUUAAACAGGAACUGUAACAAAAAUAAAUCAUUAAAUAAAACAAAGACAAUGACAGCAAAUACACAACACCAAUCUAACCUGAUUCCGGUCUGGGAGCUCGAAAUGAACAGUGGCAGAUGCGUGGCACCGGAGCAGCGGUCAUCUGGAGGGUUCCUCAUGGAUUCUAGAGCCCUGAGUUGAGCAAUAUUUAAUUUUGUUUAGUUUUGUGUUUUUUUUUUUUUUUUGUUUUUUUUUUGGUCUCUUUGUUUGUUAAGGGGCACAUCGACUUUCAGUGAAGCACACACAAAUGCACAAGUACUGUUCUGUUUACAUUAUCUUCUGACUUUGUAUUUUAUUUGUUGUGUUUGGAUGCUCUUGUCAUGUCACUACAUUGAGUUUCUACCAAGAAAAGGACAGAAGGCGGCAGGUCGGGGUGGUGGUCGAUGGGUGAGGUCAGGGUCGGCGAGCAGAAGGGGGGUGGGGGGGGGUGAGUGGUAGGCAGGCUCAGGGUGGGCUGAUCUUUUUUGGUUGAGUUUGCCUUUUAUAGACUGAAUUCUUAGCGCAGGAUUGUCCGUAAAGACCACCAGACUGAGGAGAAGUCAGACUGAUGCAGACUGGAAAAUGAAACUGGCUCAACAUAUUUACGUAUCAUGAGCUGGGAAUCGCAUUGUUUAUGCGUCAUAGUAUAAAGGUGAUACCCCAGAAAUUUGGUAGGGUGAAAAUGUCACGGCAGUAACAUCUGGAUCGUCUCCUCACUCUCUCUUUCUCUUUCUCUUUCUUAUUCUAUGUCACCUAAAUCUUGCCAGUCACAUUGCGGCAGACAUUAAUCAUUGCCAGCUGCAAGGUCAUUCAUAGGGAUGACUGAUUAAUUUAGCCUUACAGUCUUCUGAACUGUGUGCUGUUUUGGUUGUCGGUGCAUCUCUAGUGCAAAUCCAAGGUUUGUCAGGGUGGUGUGACCACCAGAUAUUAUGUAAGCAUAGUGUCCAUUGGUCGUUAGCUUGAUCUCAUCCUAUGAACUAUUGACCACUGCUCCAGAAGUUCACAUUGCCUGUUGUCUAUGACUCACUGAAUCUCCAAAGCCUUUGUGCACUCCCCUGAAUUGAUGAUUGGCUUUGGAGCUGUACAGCCUUCAAAUACCAGCUUUCCAGUGGUUCCAAAUUCUUGUCUAAUUGAAGGGCUUCUAGAUAGCGGUAUUUAAACCAUUCAGUGUCUGAAGGUAUCUGUCACUUGCAGUUUACUUCUCAUCGCUAUCAAAUUGUUCAUGUAUUUUGCAUCUACUAGCCACUGUCUGUGGUUUGGAAGCUUCCCAGCUUUAGAAGACUACUUUGCAGUGGUAUUCAAUCUUUACGGUUGAGUGGACUAGGUCUGACCUCUUCAGUCCUGUGGUCUGUUGGCUACUAGUUCUGAUGUAGUCCAAACGUGAAACUGUACACUCCUGUCCUCCCAAGUCUUUUAAGUUUGCGAUGUGUUGGCCAGUAGUUAUGAAGCUUCCCAAAGAUGUUAUUGUUUUGAUGUUUACUAUUCCCUGAUCUUGAAUCCGUUCAGUCUGGCACUUUGUUGGUCAACAGCUGUCUACGUAUUUGAGUAAUCUGACCAGAGGGCCUGUAGUCCUUUAGCCCUGGUGUCUACUGUCCUGUAAUGCUGAAGCCAUUUGAGUCCAUGGACUAUUUGCUGCUUGUUCGGAAUCUGGCUGGCUAGUUCUUUCAAAGCCUUUUAUUGCUUCCCGCUACUCUCCAGUGGAUCCUGAAAGCUGUCAGGUUUCUGAACCUGAUGGCUUCUUUUUCUUUUUUAUUGUAUCCCCAUAUAUCUCACUCCAUUGUUAAAUUCCAUGUUUUGUCAGCUGGCCUACAGAAUACCAGAUACUUUGACCCUGAUGUCCUUGUUAAGACAAAUAUUUGUUUGGUGCCAUGCCAUCUGACCUGAAUAGUUGUGGUGGCUGUAAAUAAUUUGCUUACACUUCUCUCCCAGGUUAGUCUGACCAGCCUGAUGGCCUUUUCUGGACACUCUCUGUUUGCAGAGUUUUAGUUAAACUCACAAAAUAAAACAAAAACUGCCUCAGCAAGUUGAUCUUUUUAUGGGAAACUGUUGUCCGUCUGUCCUGCAAAUCAUCAUGUUAUCUUAGCCGUUCAGUGAUAAAAUGUUAAGGGGCCCGUAGGAUCUGCACACAAAUGGAAUGACUUGAUUCAACCUUUUCUUGGGUAUCUCUUGUUGGAAACCACAGUGGGGGGGGGGGGGUGAUAUGGGGAUGGGGGUCGAGAGCUGUUACCUCUAACUUGGGUGUCUGUCACUUGGGUAGUGGCACAAGUGGUAGGUGAUGAAAGGAGUCUAGCUGUCCAAGUAAGAGUCUACUCUUAAAAUCAAUGUAUCAAUGGCUGCCUUCGUCUUCCGCGUUGGUACGCAUCGGCUUGGAGGUUUGGGGAAAGCCUUUGCAAUGUUAAUGGAGUUAAUUUCCCUGUCACUCCAUUCCCUACUGUUCUGAUGUGGCUAAUUUUAAAAGUUAAAUGGAAUGAGGAUGGCAAAGCCGAAGCCAUCAUUGACUAUGAGCGAACUGGGAACUAUUCCGCUGGAUUGCCCAGUUUUUGGAUUUGUUUUUUUUUGUUUUUAUUAACCAGUAGGGUGUCAGCAGGGACGCUUUUACCUUCACAGGCUCUACAUUGGCAUUCCGAUGGGCACAGCUGGAUCAGCAGGGUCACCUCUUACUUGUGCAGCCCAGUGAUGUGUAGCUCGAGGUGGGGAAAGGGAAGUGGGAGGGGUGGAGGAUACAGGCUAUGGGGUCAUUGGAGCUCCCGACCCCCUGCCUCGUUUUAUUUGUUUUUAAUUUUUUAGAUUUUUUUUUUUUUUUGUAAAUACUGUAUAAUGCAUUUUGAUAUCAUUGACAUGUUUUAAGAUGUCAGUCACAAUCAGAAAUACAAACACUGUCUCAAAGCGAGGAGGUAAGCAAGCAAGUUGUAAUUUAAAGAGACGGUGCGCCUUCUUUGUUACUUUUUUUUUUUUUUUAAAUAUAUAUAUAAAUAUUGUACAUUACAGAAAGUUGCCCGCUAGUAAAGAGGCGUUUUGAAAUUAGAAUGUUGCAGAAAGUCACGCUUUAAAAUAACGGAAAAAAAAAAAAAUUUAAUUCUCUGGACGCUUCCUGGUUACUUUCGGCUCCUGAGCAGAUGGCCUUGGUUUUUAAGCCACAAUCUCUCUUGAUCUCUGAUUCCCUUGUUCAGCUCACAGCAGCCUGAGUUUUCACUGACUAAAUGUGGAUGAAUUUUUCCACUGACUUCAAGAUUUUACCAAAAAUGAAAAGAAAAGAAAAAAAAAAACAACACCACACACAUACAUUUGUUCAUAGUGAGCCCCAGAAAUAAAAGGGAGGCGGACAGGGUGAGGCCUUUUUGGAAGAAAUUGAGAUUAAGGGGUGGGGUUUAUGCCUAACUAUCAUUAAAUGGGGGGUGGUUCUCAAAAUAACCACACCUCCUUUUAUCCCUUCAGACUUUAGAGGUCAAGAAGUGAGGCACAAAGCCCCUCCCCUUACUAAGUGAAGGGAGGUCCCAAAGCUGCUGACCAGGGUCCCAGCCUCAAACUUUAGACUAGCCCCAGCGGUUAGUGGCUUGACAUUAACACCCAGGACUGAUUAGGGUUUUGUGCCUGCCCCUUAUUAAGUGGAUGAGGCUUCUAUAAACCUCCCUGCUCGUUUAUUUUAAUUAAUGUUUGAUCUUUCCCUCUCUGUAGGUUUCAUAUUUUAGGGUUACUCUAUAACUUGUCAAGAGUUAAAUCCUGAGGCACAAAACCUUAAGUGGUGGUAGAUUCCCAAUAUCUUAAACCCCCCCUUUUCAUUUGCCAUUCAAAUUUUGCUCCAGGACUCCAUUUGGGUGAUCUGUUAAGAUUCAGAUUUUAGAGGCUUUAGUGCCUCGUUCUUCUAUGGUUUGUCUGCCGUCCCAACCUCCUCUGAAUCCUGAAUCUUCCCAGUUAUGUGGGCUGCACAGGUUUACUGAAGCUAGGGGGAGUUUGACUUGGGGUUCACAAAUGCCAAGAUCUGGCUUUCCAGUGACUAAUGAAGUAAUAACUAAAAUGGCUGCUACUAAGGGAGCGGGGUCUGCAUACUGGCUUACUCAACAGGAUAAAAAAAAAAAAAGUCCACAAUUUUUAUUUUAUUUUUUUUUUUUUUUUGAACUGUGGAUUGAAAAUAUGAAAGUAAGGCUGCUGCCAUCUUUAAAAGUAGCAAGGGACCAUUCCAGUGACUCUCGUUAAUAUGAAGGAUUUUUAUCUAUUUAAAGAAAAAGAAUAAUACAAAACAGAAAAACAUAAAGGACCUCAAUUUUCUGAAAAUAAAAUUCUUUGUCUGUGUGUUCUGCUAUUUUCUCCUGAAAUGGCUCUGUACAGUUUGAUGCUAUUAAGCCUUUUGCCAAUCCCACCACACCUCCCCAGCCCCCCCCCCCCCGCCCCCCCAAGUCCUUCCGUCGACCGAUUACCAGUGUCAGCCAUUUGCGUAUUUCUAGUGUGAUGUAAAAUACUGUAACAUUAGAGAUCAAUUUUUGAGGAAACAAUCUGUGUUCUGUUCACCGUCCUUUUCAGAUGAUUCCACAGUAUUGGAUAUGAAGCAGGUCUGUCUCCUGGGUUAGCUUUGUACUUCAUUGUAGACUUAGCGAAUUCUGUCUUAGGGGUUUAGUCGUCCAGUGUAGUAUAAAUAUUCUGUCAUUUGUAGCGCUCUUUAUAUUGUAAAGUUUCUUUAGACUGAAGAAGAAAAAAAAAAGUUGCUUAUCAGAAAAGAAAACCUUGCAUCAAUAAUAAAUGUAAUUUGAUUUUUU